AUGAAAAGAAAAAGUAGCUCUUCUCCAGAAACAGGAUCCACAAGCCAUGGCUCAUCUGGAACUGAGUACGAUGUGUUCUUGAGUUUUCGAGGACCGGAUACUCGCGCUAACUUCACGGAUUCCCUCUAUCAUGCCCUCGUGGAUAAGUGUAUCAAUGUUUUCAUAGACAAGCAAGGGAUUGACGUUGGUGAAGAGAUCGGUCCUGAGAUUUUCCAAGCCAUCGAUAACUCGAAAAUCUGCAUUCCCAUAUUCUCCAGAGAUUAUGCCUCUAGUAGUUGGUGCUUGCGAGAGCUAGAGCACAUGAUGCGGCGUAGGAAAACCAACAAACUGGAGGUUAUGCCCAUUUUCUAUGACGUGGAACCCUCUGAGGUUAAGCUUGAAACCAGAGUUUAUGCGGAUGCACUAACUCUACAUAAAGAAAAACAUGGGGCUGAGAUUGUGAAACUCUAG